AUGUCGUGUCCCGAAUGCUUCAAAGGUCAUAUCCAUCAAGGUACACCGCGAGGUGAAGUCACCACCUUACAUGGCUUAAACGCCUACACCACCAAACCAUCUGACAAUGUACCUCACCGUGGAAUUAUCAUUAUCGUCCCUGAUGCCUUCGGAUGGGAAUUUGUAAACAAUCGUAUCCUGGCCGAUCAUUAUGCCGACAAGGGAGGAUACCUCGUCUACCUCCCCGACUUCAUGAAUGGACAUUCUGCACCAAUUGGCAUGUUGUUCAACACAAAAGAGCUUCUCACAACCAGUGGACUGAAAACAUGGCUCAUGAAACCAUAUUACCUGGCCAUCACCAUGCUUCAGUUUAUCCCAUUUAAAUACCACAAUUCUUUCCAGACCACCUGGCCAAUUGUGAGAGACUUCAUCAAGUCCGUUCGAGAAAACGAAGGCUCCGAGCUCCCUAUCUAUGCAGCCGGGUUCUGCUGGGGAGGAAAGCACGUUGUUAACCUAGGCUUCGGAGAAGACGUCGCUUCAAACGGGAAGCCUCUGAUUAAUGCUGGAUUCACUGGACAUCCCAGUUUCCUCGAGAUCCCCAGCGAGAUAGAGAAAAUCAACAUUCCUAUUAGCUUUGCACUUGGUGAUGCGGAUCUGGUUGUGAAGGCUCCCCAAAUCAAGCUGAUUCAACAGGUCUUUGAGAAUGAAGCUAAAGCUGAUAAAGGAGAGGUGCAGAUUUACGAAGGGGCCGGUCAUGGGUUCUGUGUGCGGGCUGAUCUCUUUUUAAAGGAUGCAAACAAGCAUGCUGAGGAGUCUGAGAAACAAGCACUGGCUUGGUUCGAAAGGCAUCCAAGCGUUUGA